CACAAUUCUAAUCAUUUCUGAAUAUAAAUUACAAAAUUCGUUAUAUUAUUAUUUAUACAUAUUUCAUUACACUGAGUUUGAUUGCUAUGUGUACCAUCGUAGUGGUUGUUUAAAUUAUCAAGCAAAAUAACUGUUUUUUUACUCAUCAAUCACACACUCAUCAAAAUCAUUUGCGAUCUUAAAUAUUUUGUUAUUUGUUUCUUUACAAUCAUUUAUUCCUGUCUUUCAUGCCAAAUGUGUCACGCUAAAUUUGGUCGCUAUUUGAUAAAAAAUUUGCAUAAAAUAUGCCGCGCUUCUGUAAAUUUAAAUUGCCUAACAAAACAGCAACAUCAAUUGGCUGCAGCAUGUGAAAAGCGCUUCAAUUGUAACGCCAUCAGCCCCACUCAAAUUCAAUUAAAGCUGCGCGCCCACCCAAUCGGUAGGCGAAGAAACGCCUAGAAAUCGCUCAACUCAACGUCGGCGUGGACCGACAAUUUUCGCAAAUCCAAAUGAAUGCCACUCAAAUGGCAAAUUCGCUAAUUUCGCCAACAGGGACGCGUACGUCGACUGUGCUGCCGACUGCAGUUGGAGGCAAACAACGGCAGCGCUGCUGUAGUGAUCCCCAUUUGGUAUGGCAGUUCGGUUUUGAGCCAACGCCAGAUUCGUCGGUUGCGCGGUUGCUGCGCUGCGCUGCGAUCGUCUGCCUGGCACGGCUCUGCACAGCCACACGUUCAUGUGCAUGUGUGUGUUGUGUUUUCUUGUGUGUCUGUUCGUCUGCUUCUCUUUUUGGCUGUGCGGCGCGUUGCCGCUGUUGGCCCGGCUUCAACGCUCUAUGCUGAAGCCCCAAUAUGUGUGUGCACCAAUUGGUGGUUGCUGGUUUGGUUGGUUUGUAUUUUCUCGGCCGCAACGUCAACUCCAAAUUCAGUGCAAUUUUGUACGCUUUGACGAUCAGUCGGUUAAGUCGGGAAAAUAGCGAGUUAAAUUGCUAGGCAAAAUAGAUUUUGCUUUUAGUUUUCAAAGUGAACGGGUGAACGAAACGAGCCAACAAGUGUGCCAAAUCAACAACGGUCCGAUCGAAGUGGCGCAAGCAAAGCAAUAAAGAAAUUUUUGGCAUAUAUAAUUUGCGUAAUUAAAAAGAUUUCCUUCACAAUACGAACCAAUACGAAAGUUAGCGCAAAGGUGAAUAAUUCAACGAAGUGUUUUUGUGCCGCUAUUGACAUGGAACAAUGUUCUUGAUACUGUUAACCUGACGCAAGUCCAUAACUGCACUGUUCGGGAGUGUCAGUUGCAGUCGUAAGAGCAUUUCGAAAUAGAAUUCUUAUUUGGUGCGCUCAGUUUAACGGUGCAUUCGCAUUUGACGGAAGCGGGCAAUUGUGCAAACGAAAAUUCAAUACUCGAUCGAAUUGUGUAUUUAUUCGGGAGUUUCAAAUUAUUUCAAUUAUUUAUAAAAUAACAGCGAGUUUAAAGGCUUCUUUUCACAACCAAAUAACAACUAAAACUAUCAAGAUGCAUUGUGCCUGUAUAUAUUGGGUAGAUAAAAUGUUAAAUAAAUCCUUUUAUCAUUUGGGCGUUUUAAUUGCGAAACAUCCUGGGUAUUUUAUUAUAAUACCGGUGCUGUUGACUAUGCUCUGCAUGACGGGCUACCAACAGUUAAAAUAUCAAAUCGAUCCCGAAUAUUUAUUUUCCCCUAUCAAUGGAGAGGGUAAGGCUGAACGCGCUGUCGUCGAGAACUAUUUUAAAGUCAAUUAUACGCAUAGAUUUAAUGUGGGACGCAUAACUAGACCGGGUCGUUUUGGGCGUGUCAUUGUCAUACCCAAGGAUGGCAACGACAACAUGUUGCGUCGUGAGACCUUCAAAGAACUACGCCAUCUGGAUGAACUCAUACAAAAUGCAACCGUCGAAUAUGAGGGUGAAUUAUUCACUUACAAGGAUGCAUGUGCACGCUGGGAGAAUGAAUGUUUUCUGAAUGAUAUAUUGAAUUUAGAUUUCAUAAUGGAUGAUAUUGAAUCCGGCGAACUGAAUUUGACUUUUCCAAUUAUGUUCAAUCCGGUUACUUGGGAUGCGCACGCUUUUCCCGUCUUCUUUGGCGGCACAAAACUGACGGAGGAUAAUAUUAUUAUUAGUGUGCCAGCGAUACAAUUGGUUUACUUUGUGACUGCGGACACUAAGCGGCAAGAUGCAAAAGGUGCCGAAUGGGAGGAGACUUUCCUGAAGGUUGUGGGUAAAGCUGAAGAUUCAGGUCUCUUCAAACACAUUUCAGUCUCAUAUUUCGCCUCACGCACAUUGGAUCAUGAAUUGGAGAAGAAUACGCGUACUGUUGUGCCAUAUUUUAGUUCAACAUUUGCAUUGAUGGCGUUGUUUAGCGUUAUCACGUGCAUGAUGGGCGACGCCGUCCGCUCCAAACCAUGGCUUGGUUUGAUGGGCAACAUAUCGGCAAUCAUGGCCACUUGCGCGGCCUUCGGUCUGGCCAUGUACUGUGGCAUUGAAUUCAUCGGUAUCAAUUUGGCAGCGCCCUUCUUGAUGAUAGGUAUUGGCAUUGACGACACAUUCGUGAUGUUGGCCGGCUGGCGGCGCACACCCGCCAAAAUGCCCGUAGCCGAACGUAUGGGCCAUAUGAUGUCUGAGGCCGCCGUCUCCAUAACAAUUACAUCGCUCACCGAUCUGUUCUCAUUUUGGAUCGGCAUCAUUAGUCCGUUCCGUUCGGUACAGAUUUUCUGCACCUAUUCCGUAUUCGCUGUUGUCUUCACUUUCGUUUGGCAUAUCACUUUCUUCGCCGCCUGCAUGGCGAUAUCGGGUUACAGGGAGCGACUUAACUUGCACGCGAUCUUCGGCUGUAAAGUGCAGGCAAUGUCUGUGGCCAUAAAAGAAAAACGCAACUUCUUGUACAAAGCCAUCAUGGCUGGCGGCAUCAAUCGCGACGAUCCCGACAAUCCAAUCGAUAACAAAGAUCACAUGUUUAUGGCCUUCUUCAAAGAUCAUCUGGCUGCUGUGAUUAACAAUAAAUGGUGUAAAUUACUGAUCAUAAUGAUAUUCGCAACAUAUUUGGCUGGUGCUUGUUAUGGACUCACACAAAUCAAAGAGGGUUUGGAACGUCGUAAACUUUCAAAGGCCGACUCAUACUCGGUGGAGUUCUUCGAUCGUGAGGACGAAUACUAUCGCGAGUUUCCAUAUCGCAUGCAGGUGAUCAUCACUGGAGAUCUGAACUAUUCUGAUCCCAUUGUGCAGGAUCAAAUCGAGGAGCUGACGCGCACACUUGAAAACACAUCGUAUGUCACCUCUUCGCUAUAUACCGAAUCGUGGAUACGUUCUUUCCGUUCGUUUGUCGAUCGCAACAAUGAUUAUCUCAAUUUGACCAUCGAUGAUGAGCAAUCGUUUAUUGACGCCGUGAAGGAGCAUUGGCUUUUCCCCGGCAAUCCAUUUUCACUCGAUGUCAAAUUCAAUGAAGAUGAGACACGCAUUAUCGCUUCACGCUUUCUCAUACAAGCUGUGAAUAUUACCGACACAAAUCACGAGAAGGAAAUGGUACGCGAUUUGCGUAAGAUCUGUAAGGACUCGCCGCUGAAUGCGUCUAUAUUCCAUCCGUAUUUCGUGUUCUUCGAUCAAUUUGAACUUGUGCGUCCGACCUCUAUACAGUCAAUGAUCGUUGGUGCGCUCAUUAUGAUGAUCAUUUCAUUCAUAUUUAUACCGAAUAUACUGUGCUCACUGUGGGUCGCCUUCUCGAUCAUUUCGAUUGAAAUGGGCGUUGCUGGCUAUAUGGCUUUGUGGGAUGUGAAUCUCGAUUCGAUUUCUAUGAUCAAUUUGAUUAUGUGCAUUGGUUUCUCAGUAGACUUUACCGCGCACAUUUGCUACACCUACAUGUCAUCGAAGAAACGCAGUCCAAAGGCCCGCGUACGCGAAGCGCUCCACUCACUUGGCUUACCGAUCGUGCAAGGUUCCACCUCCACCAUACUUGGCAUUAUCGCGCUACUGCUGGCGCAGAGCUACAUCUUCCUUGUAUUCUUCAAAAUGGUAUUCCUUGUGAUAUUCUUCGGCGCAAUGCAUGGACUCUUCUUGCUACCCGUACUGUUGUCACUUUUCGGACCUGGCUCUUGGCAAACGUGGUCUGGCACUGAUGUGGGUGAUGAUAAUGACGAAAUUACCGACGUAGAGAGUCCCAUGAAGAUGUCUAGUAUGGACAAAUUGAGCUCGUACUACUUGCAACAGCACACACCUUUAGGUCUGCCUGUACCGUAUAGUACCGGUAAAGGUUUCCUCGGUGCGCCAUACAAAGCUUACGGUGACGAAAAGGAUUUGGGUAUUGGCACAUCUGGUGAGGACUCUUCUGAGUCCAGUUCCAGUCGUUCGCAACGUCGGCAAGCACUCGAGGAUGAACACACACGCCGUCGCUAUGAAGAGGGUUGGCGCCGCUCAUCCUACCACAAUCUCUACACCAACUCACAAUCACAAUUCCAGCCAAACAACGACCUCUAUGGCCAACAAGUAACCGCACAAGAGUGGCGCGCAAGGCUUGAAGAAGAACAGGAACGCAAGCGUAGCGUCGUCGGCUUGCGCGCAUACGACAACUUUGCUGCAGACUUUAUGCACAUGCAACGGCGUCAUCCCACACAAGGUGGUGAAGAUAUGCUCGAUUCGCCCGUGUCUCGCCUAGAAGCUGGACACUACACGCCCACAUCAUCGCUAGACGAACGUUCGCGCCGCAAGUACCGCCCCGCCAUAGCAGCUGCGGCAGCCGCACCACAUAGCGCUGGCAGCGGCGAUGACAGCAGUUAUCAUCAGCAAAUGAGCGCCCCCACCGCCGCCACGACUACAACUGCGAAACGUUAUCACCGUCGACGCUCCUCGGAGGACUCCACACGUCACUAUCAACGUUGGCCGCCAUCCAAUAUUGAAGAGCGUUGCGCACGUCGUUAUGCCUCCAAUGCACGCGAAGACAGCGCGGCCUAUGUGCCGACGCAUGCCAACUCCUCAUCAGUCGCCGCCGCCAAUGCUUACCGCCCACACCCGCCAAUGCGCUCCUCAUCGCAUCACAACUUAUACUAUCCCAACAAUGUACAACACCCACCAACAUAUCAAUAUGGCGGCUGCUACUACAAAUGAUCGUAGAGAGAGAGAGAGAGCGCGCGAGAGCAUAAUCGUGAAAAUGAGAGUAUAUGUAGCUGUUAAAAGCGAAGGCGUGAACGUAAUUAACGAAGCGAGGACUCAGCACCUCGAGAGCACGUUAUUGAACUAUGCACUAAGCCAGUAUCGAAACUGGACAUUUAUUGUAUGAAGAAAAGCUCAUUGUGGUUUUUUAUAAAUCUAGUGUUGUGUUGGUUUUAUUUUAAAUUUUUAAUUUGUAUUAUUUUUUUUUUGAUAUUUUAUUCGUUUUUUUGUUUUGAAAAAUAGCUAUUCUAGUUUUAUGCAAGUAAAACCAAGUAAUGUUAUAGUUAAUUUUAUACACAAACAAAUCUAGUAAAUAUUUAAAUACUAGACAUAUAUAUAUUGUAUACAAAUAGUGUAAAUUAAUAUGGAAUUUAAAUACUAUUAGGUGCAAAGUUGUAUUUAUAAAUACUAAUUAUUUAAAAUAUAAUGAAGUGCAAAAGAAAAUAUCCCAAAAAAUAUGCACUUU